UAGAGUUAAUAUUAACCUGUAUAAAUAACCUAGUUCCCGCCCAAACACAACCUUCACUCUCAAUCUCAAUUCUCAACCAUCAAUGGAGACUGAAUAUGUGCCGGUUCACUUGGAAUCUCUAGCGGCUUUUCUGAUUCGCCACCACUCGGAUCAGCUCCGCUCCAUUACUCUUUCUCCAGACCCCAAACUCCAUUACCCUCUCUACAUUGAUUAUGCAGAGCUAAUGGACGAGGAUCCUCCGCUUGCCCACCUCAUCUUUUCCAAACCAACUCACUACUUGCGUUUCUUCGAUGAUGCCGCCGUCUGGGCUCAUAAAAUCAUAUUUGACAAGUUAAAGGUUUCUGAGAAAGGAGUUGAGAAGAAAUUCAUUCAUGUUCGUAUCAGCAUCGGUGGUUCUCCGCUUGAAUGUCCUGAAACGUUUCUAAGUAUUGGACGUGUGAGAGUGAAGCACUAUGGAAUUCUUCUAACACUUAAGGGGACUGUUAUCCGGUCAGGAGCAACCAAAAUGUAUGAAGGCGAGAGGAUAUACAUGUGCAGGAAAUGCAAACACAUGUUUCCAGUGUAUCCUGAGUUGGAAACAAGGAACUCCAUACUACUACCAUCCAGUUGCCCCUCUCAGAAGUCCAAAUCUUGUGAAGGGACAACUUUCCAGUAUGUAGAAAAUACUAUAAUAUGCCACGAUUAUCAGGAAAUCAAAAUUCAAGAAAGUACACAAGUUUUGGGUGUUGGGGUCAUUCCUCGUUCAAUUCUAGUAAUUUUGAAGGAUGAUCUUGUUGACAUUGUUAAAGCUGGAGAUGAUAUCAUUGUGACUGGCACUUUGACAGCAAAGUGGUCUCCCGAUUUAAAAGAUGUACGCUGUGACCUGGAUCCUGUAUUAAUCGCUAAUCAUGUGAGGAGAACUCAUGAGCUGAAAUCAGACAUUGAUAUCCCCGAUGAUGUUAUCAAGCAAUUCAAGCAGUUCUGGACAGAAUUUAAAGAUACCCCACUGAAAGGGAGAAACGCUCUUCUGCGAGGCAUUUGCCCACAAAUAUUUGGACUCUUCACUGUGAAGCUGGCAGUUGCAUUAACACUAAUUGGAGGUGUGCAACAUGUUGAUGCUUCUGGGACAAAGGUUCGGGGAGAGUCUCACUUGCUUCUUGUUGGUGAUCCAGGUACUGGAAAGUCUCAGUUCCUGAAAUUUGCAGCAAAGUUAAGCAACCGAUCAGUUAUCACUACUGGGUUGGGAAGCACUAGUGCUGGAUUGACUGUUACUGCUGUAAAAGAUGGAGGAGAAUGGAUGUUAGAAGCCGGAGCCCUAGUUUUGGCUGAUGGAGGUCUUUGCUGCAUUGACGAAUUUGAUAGCAUGAGGGAACAUGACAGAGCGACAAUACAUGAGGCAAUGGAGCAGCAGACUAUCAGUGUUGCCAAGGCUGGCCUUGUGACCACUCUAAGUACUAGGACCAUUGUCUUCGGUGCAACAAAUCCUAAAGGGCAUUAUGAUCCUGAUCAACCGCUCUCUGUCAAUACAACACUCUCUGGUCCCUUAUUGAGCAGAUUUGACAUAGUCCUUGUCCUUCUUGACACGAAGAAUCCUGAGUGGGAUGCAGUUGUAUCAUCUCACAUUCUUGCCGAGGGAGAACCAGGUAAAGGAAAUCAUGAUGAAAAUAUAGAAAAUAUCUGGCCACUUUCAAUGCUGCGCAGGUAAGUCAUUCCUUUAACAGAGAAUGACAUGAGGUCUCUUAAGUAUCAGACCUUUUAAAAUAUAUGAAACUACAUUUUCACUAAUUUCACUUAUAUCAUUUGGUGUUUUUCAAUUUCUGUGGCUAAUGACUGGAAUAUGACAGCAAAAAUGGUGCUUUGCACUCAGAUUUUAGUGGUAUAGAUAUGGGGAGACUAUAAUGUACAUAUGCUGUAUAAUGUGUUUGGAGUAUCACGGUGUAUAUAUGUUAAGCAUUGUACUAUUUUUGCACCUGAAACUGUUGUAGCACCUAUCAAUCUAGAGGGCAUUAUAUUAUUUAUAUAUAGUCUUCUCCCGUGGCCGAUUAUAUUUUUUUACCUUAACACUUCUCCUAAACUCAUUCAUGCAUGAGUCCGCUCUUAAAGACAAGAGUUGAUAGAAGUUCGUGAAAUAUAAUCUUUAAUUGAACUCAUUUGAUGGAAAAAGGAAAAAUUCAUGAACUCUUAUCAACUUUCCUGUCUUCUAUAAUAAAUUGUGGCACAUUAUCUCUUUGAUAAUUUCUUAUCUUUUCUCCUGUUGAAAUUUAUUGACAACCAAUGUUAAAUUGUGAACAUAACAACUUUUCUUUGUUAUCUCUUUAUCUUUUAGUCAGAUAUGUGGAGAGUUUUUUUUUUUUUUUUUCCCCUGUCUAUCAUUGUUUAUCUUUCAUAAUUCCUAUUUAUGUUAGAUGUGCAUAUUCUGAUCAAUCUUUUCCUCUCUUUUUCUUUACCCUUGUGUCAAUCCUUUUUGUUUUUCAGUGAAUUGGUUCACUGUUUUGGGAUUAAUCUAAGGUUAUUUUCUUAUUUUGGCUAAGGUAGGAUAGGUGCAUAU